AUGACCGUAAGAGACCUCCGAAAGCACACAACACUGACUCCGAUGCUCGCACAUGCAAUUUGCAAAUCCAUGUAUUUAGCAUGUGUGAUGGCAGUGGUUAUUAGCAUCUUCUCAAAUCAGAUUGACGCUGCCAAACCAAAGAGUACUGGACAAGCAUCGUCCUAUCAAGUUUCCAAAUUGUACAGCUCGAAUCAACAUUCCAAAUUAACCUACCAUGCAGCAGUUGUGGAUUUUGCUCCUGUUUCCUUUCCUUUUCAAUUUCCACAAUUAAAUUCAGAAACUGCAAGAAAAAUUCUGAAAUCCAAUUUGGAUGAAUUUGAGAAAAUUAUUAUGGAUAUCAUGAAUCAUUCCACAACUUUAGAUCGACCGGAUAUUAUUGUAUUUCCAGAAUAUGCACUCUUUGGUCCUGGUUUGACUGAGAGAGAAAAGUUACGAUUAUUCUUUGAACCCAUUCCCAAUCAUUUACCAGUCACCAAUAUUUGUGGUUCUUCCCAAUAUGAUCAAUAUUAUAUUUUAAAAAGAAUAAGCUGCUUAUCUGCCAAGUUUGGCGCUUAUAUUGUGUUCAACAUGGGAGAUGUUCAAAAGUGUAAUCUCAAAACUAAUAAGAAUUGUCCAGCAGAUGGAAUGUUUUUAUUCAACACAAAUGUAGUAUUUGAUAGAAAUGGAAGUCUCAUCUCAAAAUAUCAUAAAACUCAUUUAUACUUUGAGAAUGGUAUUGAUCCAGGCGAUGGAACACCCGUGUAUUUCGAGACUGACUUUGGUGUUAAAUUCGGAUUACUCAUUUGUUUUGACAUUAUUUUUGAAGAACCUUUAAAUUCUUUAUUGAACGAUAUUAAGGUCGAUGCCAUUGCAUUUACAAGUUGGUGGGUGAAUUUUCCUCCCUAUUGGAAUGCACUUCCAUUUCAACAAGCUCUUUCCUAUACCUAUGGAAUCCAUUUGAUUGCCGCUUCGAGUGGUACAUCCUAUACCUCCUCUGGAAGUGGUAUUCACAUGAAAGGAAAAUCCAUGGGAGUUUAUAAUCCAAGUUUUAAAGGACGUUCACAAACAGUCUCUUCUCAAACAAGUUCAGCUGCUACAUAUUCAGUGACGACCAUGAAUGAUCAACUUGUCAAGACGAAACGUGUGGUGCCCAUGCAAGACAUGAGAAUGCUUUCGGAUCGAUCGAAUCCACAACACCAACUUACAAGUUUUACAUUUGCUGAUCCAAAUCAUUCAAAUUUUUCGACCAUCAUUCCAUUCAUUCCUGUGAAAGGAAAGAGUUAUGACUUUCCCGAGAUUGUUGCUGGUUCAACAAGUUGUAAUUUCAAGUUUACCGUUUCACCUUUUUCUAAUAUUACCGAAAAUGAUUCUAAUAAUUAUUUUGCAAUGGUUGUGACCGAUGGCAAAGUAUUCAAACCAAAAUUUGAACAAGCCAGUUGCUCUGUCAUGAAGUGCGGAUCCUAUCUUAAUUGUUUCAUUUUCUUGGAAUGGAAAUUAUUAGUGAAAGAUUCCGAAGUCGUAUUAUCAGACUUGACCAUUGAAAUGCAAGCCAUGGAAAAUGAAUGGAGAGAAGAUGUGUUUCCCAUGCUGCUGGGAGAUCAAGGAAACUUAUUUAUUGGAGAUUUACAUUCGUCGAGCUUUUUUAAAACCAAUGCUGCGUUGAAUAUGCAAACAAACAAGACACCUGCUUAUGUGAGUGUGAAAAAUGUUAAAAACAAAUUUUUAGGUGGCACGCUUCUCUCACUGAAAAGACCAAAGAAAUAA